CAGAGGACGGCGAACAUCCGCUUUCAACUGUAUCAACAGAGUUCCGAUCGAAAUGUCUCUUCUUCGCACAGCAUCCAAGCCCGCUGCGGCCCGAUCGGGCCUCCAGGCUGCCGUCUCGCGCUCAUUCUCUUCGACUCCAGCUGCACUUGCACACAAGGAAGUCAAGUUCGGCGAUGAGGGCCGUGCACAGAUGCUCAGGGGCGUCAACCUGCUGGCUGAUGCUGUCAGCGUGACCAUGGGUCCCAAGGGGCGCAACGUUAUCAUCGAACAGGCAUUCGGCGGGCCAAAAAUCACCAAGGACGGUGUGACUGUUGCCAAGGCCAUCUCGCUCAAAGACAAGUUUGAGAACCUCGGCGCACGACUCGUCCAAGACGUCGCCAACAAGACCAACGAGAUUGCUGGUGACGGAACCACUGCUGCCACCGUUUUGGCACGCGCCAUCUACGCGGAAGGCGUCAAGAACGUCGCUGCUGGUUGCAACCCGAUGGACCUCCGUCGGGGCAGCCAGGCUGCCGUCGAGGCUGUGGUCCAGUUCCUAGAGAAGAACAAGCGGCCAGUGACCACGAGCGAGGAGAUUGCUCAGGUCGCUACCAUUUCGGCGAAUGGUGACAAGCACGUCGGAGAGCUCAUCGCAACCGCCAUGGAGAAAGUAGGCAAGGAGGGUGUGAUCACAGUCAAGGAGGGCAGGACCUUGGAGGACGAGAUCGAGAUCACCGAGGGCAUGCGCUUCGACCGUGGUUUCAUCUCCCCUUACUUUAUCACCGACGUCAAGACACAGAAAUGCGAGUUCGAGAAGCCACUCGUGCUGUUGUCCGAGAAGAAGAUCACACUGCUGCAGGAUAUCCUUCCCUCGCUUGAGGCUGCUGCUCAGGGCAGGCGCCCACUUUUGAUCAUCGCUGAGGACAUUGAUGGCGAGGCUCUUGCCGCCUGCAUCCUCAACAAGCUCCGUGGCCAGCUGCAGGUCUGUGCAGUCAAGGCGCCGGGCUUUGGUGACAACCGCAAGAGCAUCCUCGGCGACCUCGGCAUCCUUACUGGCGCCACCGUCUUCUCGGACGAGCUCGACAUCAAGCUCGACCGGGCGACUCCUGACAUGCUUGGCAGCACGGGCUCGGUCACCAUUACCAAAGAGGACACCAUCUUCCUCAAUGGCGAUGGCGACAAGUCUGCUAUCACCAACCGCUGCGAGCAGAUCCGUUCGGCCAUCAAUGACGCGUCUACAUCUGAAUACGACCGGACCAAGCUGCAGGAGCGCCUUGCCAAGCUCAGCGGUGGUGUCGCUGUCAUCAAGGUCGGUGGCUCUUCGGAAGUCGAAGUGGGCGAGAAGAAAGACAGAUACGACGACGCACUCAACGCGACGCGUGCGGCGGUCGAGGAGGGUGUCGUGCCGGGUGGUGGCACUGCGCUGCUCAAGGCAACCCAGGCCCUGAAGGAUGUGAAGACGGCCAACUUCGACCAACAGCUCGGUGUUUCCAUCAUCAAGGCUGCCCUCACCCGCCCGUGCCGACAAAUCGUCGAGAACGCCGGUGAGGAAGGCUCCGUCGUUGUCGGCCGGCUAUUGGAGAGCCACAUGGACAACUUCGCAUACGGGUACGACGCGCAAGCUGGCGAGUUCAAGGACAUGAUCGCGAACGGUAUUCUCGACCCGCUCAAGGUCAUCCGCACCAGUCUUCAAGACGCGGCUGGUGUCUCGUCGCUGCUGUUCACCACCAACGUCUGCAUCACUGAGGCUCCAGAGGAGAAGGGACCGGCGGGCGGUAUGCCUGGCAUGGGCGGAAUGGGCGGAAUGGGCGGUAUGGGCUUCUAAGCGCACAAGUCAGAAGGGCUGCGUACGGCGUACGAAUAGGUGAUAGAAGAGAGAAGAGGACGAGAAAUUGCAUUCACCACUCCAAAACGUAUCGAACAGGCAUUUCCUGACUGCAUCUCCCUCCGCAUUUGCCCCAUUUGCUUUCACAUAUGAAAAUUUAUUGGUCAGAUUCUUGAAGAGUGUGCACAAUACAUAGGCAUUUGGUGAGCCGUCGCG